CCAAGGCCCGGGGCUUCCAAGGACCUUCAGUUGCUUCUGCUUGUAGGUUCUGCCACGCAGGGAAAACCAGCGCCAUGGCCCUAACUUUGGGGUACUGGGAUAUCCGCGGGCUGGCACAUGCCAUCCGCCUGUUACUGGAAUACACUGGCACAAAGUAUGUGGAAAAGCUGUACACCAUUGGCGAUGCUCCGGACUAUGACAGAAGCCAGUGGCUGAAUGAAAAAUUCAAGCUGGGCCUUGAUUUCCCCAAUCUGCCCUACUUAAUCGACGGGCCUCACAGGAUCACCCAGAGCAAUGCCAUCAUUCGCUACCUGGCUCGCAAGCACAACCUGUGUGGGGAGACAGAAGAGGAGCAGAUUCACGGGGACAUUUUGGAGAACCAAAUUAUGGACACGUUUCUGCAAAUGGCCCGAUUGUGCUACAACCCUGAUUUUGAGAAACUGAAGCCAGACUACCUAAAGGGACUUCCGGACUCGGUGAAGCAGUACUCGCAGUUUCUGGGGAAGAAGCCCUGGUUUUUGGGGAACAAGCUCACCUAUGUGGAUUUCCUGGCUUAUGAUCUCUUUGAUAAGCUCCGGAUGUUCGAGCCCACAUGCCUGAAUGCUUUUCCCAACCUGCAGGACUACAUGACCCGCUUUGAGGGCCUGAAGAAUAUUCCUGCCUACAUGAAGUCCAAACGCUACAUCGCCAGUCCUUUGUUCCUGAAACUUGCUGUGUGGGGCAACAAAUAAUCAUGGGGUCCUGGUGUCAGGAAGAC